AUGAACCCUCCCGAACAACCUACAAACAACAGCGGUCAGCCUAGUAGCUCUGGUGCGGUAUGCCGUAGAUGUGGACAGCAUGUGGAAACAAGCAUGGAUACCCAUAGAAAACAAUUUCACCAAAAGCAAGUUACGGUAACAUUGCGCAAUUAUGCAACGCUUACUAUUGUAGUGGACAGGGUCGGCGACGGCGCGCCAGGCUUUGUAACAUGCCCGCAAUGCCAACAUGUUGAAGGCGUCUUGAACUUCCAUCGCCAUUUCAUUGACACUUGCAAGGCCCUUCUUGAUCCUGCAACAGUUAGCCAGUCGCGAUUAUACAGAGCUCCACGUCGACCACAGCCGCAAGAAAGCCGGUCCAUGUCACCUACAUUGCCUGCUCAACAACCUCGUUCUGCCCACCGCCGCGCACAUCCACAAUAUCUAGCUUUACAUGCAGUAGCAGCGCCAGCAGUGGUCCAGCAACAGGUUCAGCAACAGCAGCCCGAGCUACAGCUGGGAGCGAUGGACGUUGAUGAACAACAAGAACGGCAACAGCAAUCGCCAGAGCAACAACCGGUACUAAUGGAUGUUGACAACGAUGAAGAAGCGCCAAUGGCUCAUGAGCGUGCUGCUUUGAUUGGCAGAUUGGGUCUUAUUAUUGACCGUACGAGUGGCCUGCUUUUCUGUUCCAACCGGAACCACGAUAACCGAUAUGUGUUUAUUCCAACGACUGAAGCAUAUAGCCAUAUCCAGUCAACCCAUCGUAUGCUCGCUCCCAGUAUUAAUCAAUACUCGCAAGAAGAAUUCACCAAUCUACUGUAUGCCCAAGGUGCCAAAGGAGUUGAUGUGACAAACAAAUACCGGUAUGCACAGCAUCUUACCACCGAACUGCUUCCUCGCGUUGGUGUACUUGGGGAUCCUGAGCCUGGAUUCGCAUGCAACCAUUGUGGCUACUACUGUAAAGCGGCAGCAACACGUCGUCAUCACCAUUGUCCUGUCUCAUCCACCGGAUCCUAUGAUGAACGUUUCAGCCGCUGUCUGGUGCAAAAACUCGGUGCACGUCAAGAUAUGCCAUAUUUUGGCGUCUUAUCCAACAACAUCAACAUCGAGACAUUAUGGCGCUCAGCACCUAAAUCGCGAGCCCAACACGGCGAGCGCCGUGCAGUUGGCCGCUUCCACGAGAUUAUGCGCUGGGAAAUGAUUGUACGGAAAACUUUGAACGCAACACCAGAUACUACCGAGUCCCGCGCAGAGCUUGCUAGAUGGGCUUCUUUAUCUGACGUAAACGACGAAACUGGCCGUUCGAUCCAUGCUACGGUGACAAGAUACUUGAAGGUUAUUGAUCGAACUACUCGCGGCACCUCUUAUUACCUCGAGCGCCGAAUGGUGAUGGGCUUAAGCUAUGACGAUGUGCCCAACCGAGGUAUUACACAACUGAUGCCAGCAACACAGGACCAAUAUGAGCGUCAUUAUGCUUCCUUUAUAAUGAUGCUUGUGCGUGCGUGCCAACGUGGUAACGAUCAGCCGUUUUCUGGUCGUGCAGCGGGUAUUAUGAGCCACAACCAGUACCUGUGCGUCUGCUAUCUUGUGGAUGUUCUGGCUCGGGCAGAUUUUCCUACUGAGGAUUCUACCAUACCUGAGGAGGCAUUGCAUCGCCUUCAGGACUUGAACGAAACCCUAUUAAUGAGUAGGGAGUGUGGGUCCUUUCGUAUUUGGCCUGCCCGGUUGUUUAUGGUGUUAUCCAACAUCACUCAAGCAGGAGCCUGGAAAGAACUCCCAAAAACUACAUCGGAUAUUGCCAAGCUACAGUACUUUGUCCGUUUGACUGGACUGGUCAAGUUACUUGGGGCAGAAGGCAUUAACGUCCUGACGGCUAGCCCAGCAGCAACAACAGCAGCACAAGAAGAACCGCAAUAA